AUGAGCGUGCUGGGGAAGGGCCCGGCUCUCCGGGCUGCUCGCCACCUCCUCCGGACGCCCGUCCUCCUGGCCUCCGCCGCCCGGGCUGGCGGCGUGGGCACGGGCGGCCGACUCCAGGGUGCUCCCUGCUGCGUCGCGGCCAGCCCCCACGAAGACAGCGGCCCCUCCAGUGACCGCCUCGGAACGAGCCCCGCUCUGAGCGCCGAGGCGGAGGGUUUUGUGUCCUGGGCGCCCCCGUCGGAAGCUGGGCACGCGGCGCAGCCGUUCACAGCUGCUCAGAAAGGCGCUGGCGUGAGAUGUUUACCCGGGAGAGGGGCAGAAAGACCCCCAGCCCCACGGCUUCUAGAACUUGCCCCUGACAGUCUUCCGACCUCCAGCCUGCCCCCGAGGCCAGCUCCACUGUGCCACCUGGACGCUCGUCCCGCCACUCGGAGCGCAGCCUCCCACCUGCUCUCGGGAGUCCCUCCCGCCUACCACGCCUGCAGCGGAGAGCUCUAUUCCCCGCCGCCCAGAGGAUGCAGCCAGGCUUCUCUGCGCUCUGGCACUCGAGGCCUCCGUAGCCUAGCCCCGGACGGUCUUCCUGGCCUCAUCCCCGAAACGUGCCCCCACAGCUGGCCCAGAGCUUCCACGUUCCCCUUCCUUGGCUGUGCUCUGCCUCCUGACAGGAAGGCCCCUCCCCCCCUGCUUGUCAAUCUCCUACCCAACCUUCACAGCUGA